AUGACCACCAGGAAGGCAUCGUUGACGCUUAAGCAGUCUAAAAAUGGGACGUCCAAAUAUGUGUUGGAGCGGUGCGCUUCUAUUAACGAGUAUUAUGAUAUUGCCUUCAAGGUGAUGCUGCUGGGAGAUUCAUCGGUCGGAAAGACGUGCAUCUUGCUGCGAUUUAAAGACGGUGCAUUUGUGGGAGGCAACUUUAUUGCCACCGUUGGAAUUGACUUUAGGAAUAAAGUGGUAGAUGUCGACAACCUGAAAGUCAAACUCCAGAUCUGGGAUACAGCUGGCCAGGAAAGAUUCCGAAGCGUCACACACGCCUACUAUAGAGAUGCCCAAGCAUUACUCCUGCUUUAUGAUAUCACCAGUAAGUCGUCAUUUGACAACAUCAGGGCCUGGCUAAAUGAAAUACAUGAGUAUGCCCAGAAGGAUGUGGUCAUCAUGUUGCUCGGCAACAAGGCAGACAUGGCUGCUGAGAGGGUGGUGAAGACAGAAGAUGGGGAGAAGCUAGCUAAGGAGUACGGCGUGCCAUUUAUGGAGACCAGCGCAAAGACCGGCGUCAAUGUGGAGUUGGCCUUUCUAGCAAUCGCAAAGGAGCUGAAGCACAGAACAACCCAACAGCCAAACGAGCCCAAGUUCCAGAUCCACGACUACAUUGAAUCUCAGAAGCACAAGACCGGUUGCUGCAGCCUCGUGUAG